AUGGGCGCUCGCUUUCAGUUUUUUCUGGCAUGUGCUUUAGCUCUUCUAGCUUCUUCAAUAAUCUCGGCUGCGGUUGUGGAACAUACUUUCCAUGUCCAAAACCUGACUGUCCAGCGGCUAUGCCGUGAACAAGUGAUAACAGCAGUGAAUGGAAGCCUGCCAGGUCCAGAAAUACGGGUUCAAGACGGUGACGACCUUGUCGUCCACGUAGUCAAUAAGUCCCCAUAUAACAUUACUAUUCACUGGCAUGGAGUGUUUCAACUGCUGAGUGCGUGGGCUGACGGGCCUGCGUAUGUAACCCAAUGCCCCAUACGCCCGGGACAAACUUACGCCUAUAAAUUCAAAAUCACACGACAGGAGGGGACUCUCUGGUGGCAUGCUCACGUGUCGUGGCUUCGUGCAACCGUUUAUGGGGCACUCAUCGUGACUCCAAGACACGGCCCUACUUCAUUCCCAUUUCGAAAGCCAUACCAAGACGUUCCGAUUCUCUUGGGUGAGUGGUGGAAUGCAAAUGUCGUUGACGUGGAGAACCAAGGCCAAGCCCUCGGUACUGCUCCCAACAUUUCAGAUGCUUACACAAUCAACGGACAGCCCGGUGAUCUUUACUCGUGCUCUAAAGCAAAUACAUAUAAGCUGACGGUAGUCAAAGGGAAGACUUACAUGUUACGGAUCAUCAAUGCCGCACUCAAUAACCAGAUGUUCUUCAAGAUAGCCAAUCAUACAAUGGAAGUUGUCGCCAUUGACGCCUCCUACACCAGGCCCUAUGUCACCGACGUUGUCGUGCUUGCACCGGGACAAACCACCGACGUCCUCCUCGUCGCUAACCAAACCGUGGGGUCUUAUUACAUGGCUGCAAGUCCUUAUAUUAGCAUUCAAGGCAUAUCAAUACCGUUUGUUGAAACCGCCACGACAGGCAUCCUCGUCUACGAGGACGCCACGUCAGCUACUCCCCUGAUGCCUGCCAUUCCGGCGUUCAACGACACAACCACUGCCCACAAGUUCUACACCAAUCUUACUGGCCUUGUAAGUUGGCCCACAUGGGUCUCUGUGCCAAAAGAGGUGGAGGUGGAGAUGUUCAUGACAUUUGGAUUGAAUCUUGCACCGUGCAGCGGCGGCGACACUUGUGCAGGUCCAUUUGGGCAGCGACUUUCUGCGAGUAUGAACAACGAAUCGUUUGAAUUUCCAAGCAGAUUGUCUAUGUUGGAAGCCUUCUUUGAUAAGGUUGGUGGGAUCUACACCACUGAUUUUCCCAGCAAGCCUCCGGUGGAGUUUAACUACACCGAUCCCAGUAUCAGCUUUGAUCAAUCACUUCUAUUUGCUCCAAAAUCAACCAAAGUCAAGAAAUUGAACUACAAUUCAGUAGUGCAGAUUGUUCUACAGAACACGGCUCUUAUAGCAAGGGAGAAUCAUCCUUUACACCUUCACGGUUUUAACUUUCAUGUGUUGGCACAAGGUUUUGGAAAUUAUGACCCAGUAAAUGAUGGCAAAAGGUUCAACCUUUUCAAUCCCCAAAUACGUAAUACCAUCGCGGUGCCCACUGGAGGUUGGGCUGUUAUUAGAUUCCAAGCAAAUAAUCCAGGUAUCUGGAUGGCACAUUGCCAUCUGGAUGUGCAUUUGCCAUGGGGCUUGGGCAUGGCGUUCGAGGUUGAGAAUGGGCCUACACUGCCUUCGAGGCUGCCUCCACCACCUGUCGAUCUACCCCAAUGUUAA